AAAGAAGUAAACGCGGCUUUGUGAUUGGCCAACGGGACGCGGCGGCAAAACAGCAAAACAGGAAAUGGAGUCAAACAAUAUUAGAUCCCUUUAUCGUCAUUAACAAGAAAUCGUGUUGUGAUUAACCAGUUUAACUGUAUGUUUAGCGCUAUGGAGUCACAAUCGUACCUUCCAGUGCCUCCGGGAGUCGGGAUGGAGGAAAACUUUCUCUCACUCGACGAUAUUUUGCUGUCCCACGAGAGGCUGCCUACCCGGACAGAGUGCACUUUUCCUCGACUGGGUUUUUUGGAGAAAUCCACUGACUCACCAGAUAUAUUAGAGGGUUCAAAGAUGGAGCUUCCGCUGUGGCUGGCCAAGGGUUUGUAUGAGAAGAAGAGGAGAGUGCUCUCAGUAGAUCUGCCCAAAGUGUACAGGGAGGGAUGGAGGACGGUGUUCACUGCGGACCCUAAUGUAGUGGACCUGCACAAGAUGGGCCCAUACUACUACGGCCUGGGCUCACAGAUGCUGCAUUUUGACAGCCCUGAAAAUCCAGAGAUUGCUCAGGCACUGUUACAGACAUUCAUUGGGCGUUUCCGGCGAACAAUGGAUUCCUCCCAAAACGCCUACAAUGAGGACACGUCUGCCCUUGUGGAGAAGCUGGACAGUCUGGAGAAAGCCCUGUUCAAGUCGGGCCAGAGUGGACUAAAUGGUUUCCAAAGCUGGGAGAAGGGCCAGGCCUCUCAGCUGACCGCCUCCAGCCUGGUCCUCAACUACCGCAAGAGGAAAAUUAAUGAUGUGCAGCCUUGACCGUGGACAAAUAACAGGACAUAAGAGUAUAGACUUUAAUACAGGCAUUUUAUUGCUAAGCUGUUUUUGUGGGCCACAUUUGAGAUGAUUCUUUAAUAUCCUUAAGCACAUUGUUUUAAUCAGGCAAAAUACAAUUCAAAUGUGUUUCUAUUACUUGUUGUGGAUAUGCAUAGUUUUGUUUGUUUUGGGUUUUUUUGUGCAUUAUUUCCAUUUCUAGAAUAUGACUAGAAACAAUUCUCUGUGAAGACAUGGAUGAGCUAAGAAACUAACAAAAUAUGUUGAUACACUUGUCUUGAUUGAACAACAGUGACCUUUUGAGUGGUGAGGCUAUGAUUCAUUCAUGUGUGUUACAGAUGCCAGGUAACCACUUCCAAUUUGACAAUUUUUUACCUCAAUUGCCUAAAAGCAGAGUUGGGAUUAUAGCCAGGCCUUGAUCAGCUCUGGAGGGGAUUCCACAGGUCAUCAAAUAACAGUGAGGCUGUUAAAUUACUUUUCUUCAUAUGGAUGAAAUGGCCUGAGGCUUCGAGCUUCACCUUUCCUCUGAUACACUGUACAUUUGAUUGAAUAGAGUUGUUUUAAAGUGUAUUUACAAUUAACCAAAAUUAUGCUGAUGGUUUUUUGUGAAAAUAUUCAGUGUGAUAUGCAAUAAAAGUUGCCUCAUGUUUUAAGC